CUUCUCUUCUCACUUCUUCAAUAAUAAUAAUAAUAUAUAUAGACAAGGACCCCCUUUAGUUUAGACGCUUGUCUCAACAAUGUUUCUUCAUAGGAGUAGUUUCAUUAUGUUCUAUAAAGACAUAUAGCUAGAGAAAAAAAAGCAAGAGAAAGCAGAAAACCAAUUGUAGUCCUUUUCUUUUUCGUUGUAUAGAAUGGGAAGGCCACCUUGCUGUGAAAAAACUGGGGUUAAGAAAGGACCAUGGACACCAGAAGAAGAUAUCAUUUUGGUUUCGUACAUUCAAGAACAUGGUCCUGGAAACUGGAGAGCUGUUCCCACUAAUACUGGCUUGCUAAGAUGCAGCAAAAGCUGUAGACUGCGAUGGACUAAUUAUCUCCGUCCAGGGAUUAAACGUGGAAAUUUCACAGAACAUGAAGAGAAGAUGAUUAUUCACCUCCAAGCUCUUCUUGGCAAUAGAUGGGCAGCCAUAGCUUCAUAUCUUCCACAAAGAACAGAUAAUGAUAUAAAGAAUUACUGGAAUACUCAUUUGAAAAAGAAGCUUAACAAGAAGCUUGAAGGCCAUGAUCAUGAGAAUAAUCAAGAUGGAAAAUCAUCAUCAUCUUCAUCAUCUCAAUCAAAAAUCUCAAAAGGACAAUGGGAAAGAAGGCUUCAAACAGACAUUCAUAUGGCUAAACAAGCUCUUUGUGAAGCUUUGUCACUUGACACUACUCCUUCAACUGGAGAUUCUCCAAAUAAUAAUAAUAAUUCCAGUCCUAAUCUUCCUGUGCAAGAACCAAUCCAAACAUGUACUACCUAUGCAUCCAGUGCUGAUAAUAUAGCUAAGUUGCUUCAAAAUUGGAUGAAAAAUUCACCCAAAUCAUCUUCUCAUAGUCGAUCUACUUCAAAAAUGUCGUCCUUCAACUAUCCAUCAAUCGGUGCGGUUUCGAGUUCUAGCCCUAGCGAAGGAACAAUAAAUAAUGCAACAAUUGCACACGAAGGUUUGGACUCGCUCUUUAAUUUUAAUUCAUCAAAUAAUAAUUCGGAUGUGUCACAAUCCAUGUCGGUCGAUGAGGGUGGUAAUUUUACACCUGAGAAUAAUAAUGCUGCAAUUUUCCAAGUUGAAAGCAAGCAAAAUUUCAAGGCAGAAAUAAAUGGAAGUUUUCAUCAAGAGGAGAGUAAGCCAAAUUUGGAGACACAAGUGCCUUUUACUUUUCUGGAAAAGUGGCUGCUUGAUGAUAAUUCUAAUGCACAAGCACAAGAAGAGCUAAUGGGAAUGGCCUUAGGUGAAACUGCUGAUUUGUUUUGAAGAAAUAAAGAAUAAGGAUAGUGGUAAAUAUUUCUUCUUAGGAUUUGGAUUCCAUAGGUUUUAGUAUUUACUUUAUAGCCUGAGCUGAUUUAAACUCUGAUAUUUGCUAAGAGCAUAAAGUGUAUAUUCCAUGUAAUCUUAAACCUCUCUGCAUAUGUAUUAGAUAGGAAUAAUGAACCCUCCCCACUCUUUUAAGAGCUUCAAUUGUUUGUAAUUUGGGGUCAAUUUUUGUGUAUUAUCUGAAAUUUCUGACUAUGCUUCCAAGUUCCAGCUUGAACAAAAAUUGUUAAAUGGAUAAUGGUAUUCAAGCAAAAUUGACA